CAGUAGCGUCGCGUUUUAAUAGUACAAAUGUUUGCUAUUAUUUGUUUUUGACACUGUUAACAUUUCGUUUUCCAUCACUUCGUUUUGUAUGUCAAAAAAACAACACUAUAGUUCUUGUUACUUAUCUCUGCAUUUCGCAGAUAAGGUCAAUUUUGUUCAAGCACUUGCAUUUGUGUUACCCAUCCAAAUCUUAAACAUGCAACCCCAAUCCGCACCCCCAAAGGAAUUGAACUUCAAGAUCCAGCUGCUUUCCGGCAAGAAUGUUGCCUUGGUGGAUUGUCCGGGCUACGAGAGCGAGCUGUUCAUGCCUCAAAUCGUCGGUGGACGGAUCACCUUCCAAAACAUCCUCCCAGACCGAAGGUGUUGUGCCGAGAGCAGAAUGCUAUCGGAUCACUUGCAGGGGGAUUUGUCCACGAUGACUACGACAGUGAAGAGCCCCCUGCGGUGCUCCUUUCCCGAAGGUAACUCUUCAACGCCGCUGGCCAAAAGCACUCCGUCGAGUACGUCCUCGCUAAGAACUCGGGCUGGCAAGGAGAACGUCCUGCCGUCCGACCUGACGCCACAAGGACAACGAGCCUUUCAGCGGACUUCCUUCGAUGAGAUGGCAAUGGAUGUGGAUCUCUGCCAGGAGCAGAUCUACACGAGCCUGCGCCUGCCUUCUCCCGAACCUCAGCCACCAGCUGAAAGCCUCUCUAUGUCCCAAAAUUUUGCCAGCUACAACCAGGUCACUGUUUCACCACAUAUAACGGUACCGGUAAUCCACAACUACACUCCCAAGUUGGCGCCCAUACGGACAUACACUCGCAAAAAGGCGGGCACCGUCAGCAAAGCAAAGCCGUCACCACCCACCUGGUCACCUCUCCAAAAGAAGAAAACGAACUCGACGGUAUCCUCCACCAAGGUUCCCAAUCCCACCAUGAAGUUGGAGGUGCGCAAGCGCAGACUGAUCUUGGACCCCAAGACGACCUUGGCCGCCUAUGAUCCCACCAAGGUAGAGCCCGUGAUCAUCACAAAGAAGAAGAUCAUCCGGAAACAGGUGACGGGCAAGACACGCAAGCAAUUCGAAGCCCUGAAGGUCACAGCGUUUGACCUGCUGACCAAUCCGUCUGUGGGGCACAUGACCCAGCAUCUUAACAAACAAUUCCAGGAGUCCUGUGUGAACAAGGUGACCACCACGGUGCCCAACUACGCAGAGAUUGCAGUCGCCUCAACACUAAUAAUGGAUCGACAGGUGAAGUCGCUGGUGGCCGCUCAAAAGAGGAUGGAGCAGUUGAGCCAGAGACCGAAAUGUCGUAUUUCGCGCAAGAGCAAGGUGGUCUAGGGUGUCCCGGUGGUGAGUUCACCUAGAAUCACCUGGCUGUAUGUCCUUGCCAAUCAGAUUAAACAUAGAUGACUUAAAAGGGUGUUCUUUGAUCUCAACUUAUAUUACACAUGCAUUGUAUGUCCUUGCCAUUCAGAUUAAACAUAGAAGACUUUAA